GGAGGCCCCUGGCAGCCAAAAUGAAGCCUCUACAGGUCUCUGUGUCCUGCUUGCUCUCCCUGCUUGUCCUGGUCGCUGCAGACCUAGUGGUGGAGGCCUCCAGCCCCGAUGAGCUGCAUCUCCACGUGCCACUCUCCUGUGACCUCUCCUGUGACUCCACAGAUGACAAUGGAGGCCAAAGCUCCUCCAACGACACCCCGGCCCCAGGCACCGUGUGUCAGUCCUGUAACCCCCCACGAAGCCUUGCUACACCGGCCGAAGAGGAGCCCCUAGCCUCCACAGAGGAGGUCCCCAUGGAGGAGUUGGCGAGCGAGGAGGAGGCUGCAUCUGAGGAGGUGGUAGCUGAGGAAGAAUCUGUGGAGUCUGCAGAGACUUCAGAGGAGGUCCAAGCAUCAGAGGAGAGAGUGGAGGAAGCUGCCUCGUCUGAGGAAGAACUGGAGGAAGCUGCCUCGGCUGAAGAAGAUGUAGUGGGGGAAGCUCCCUCGUCUGAAGAAGAGGUUGUAGACGAGGUUGAGGUAGAACAUGAAGCUGAGGAAGAAGAGGUUAUAGAGGAAGAGGAAGCAGUUGAGGAAGCUGUGGCCAUGGAGGAGGAAGUGGAGGUAGUUGAAGAGGAAGUAGAGGAAACAAUAGAAGAACCUGCAGUAGAGGAACCUGUUGUUGAGGAGGUAACGAUUGAGGAGGUUACCGAGGAGGCAGUAGAGGAAGCAGUAGUAUUAGUGUCUGAACCUGUGGUGGAACCUGAAGUGGUUGAAUCCGAGCCAGGACCUGUGGUGGAACCUGAAGUGGUUGAACCCGAGCCAGAGAUGGUGGUCGAGGAGGUGUCUCCAGAACCAGAGCCUGUUGUAGAGGAAGCUGCUCCGGAACCUACUCCGGAACCUGCGGAAGCCGCUCCAGAACCUGUAGAAGCAGGUGAGGUGGUUGUGGAGGCAGUGAAGGAGGAGGAGCUGGUGGAGGAGGUGGCCGCUGUUUUGGAGGAGGUACAUGUUUUUGAGGAGGAAGCGGUGGUGGAAGAGGAGGCAGCUGUUGUUGUUGUUAAGGAGGAGGCGACUGUUGUUGAGGAGGCGCCUGUUGAGGAUGUGACAGUGGAGGAUGCACCUCCAAAGGCACAAGCAAAAGCAGUGGUUGAGGAGGCAGCAAAGCUCAGAGACUGCUCCCACAUCGAUGAGAUGCUCCAAUUGGUUUCUGCUGAAUCCGCGCCUGAGUUCGCAGCUGCUAUGAAGAAGCUGCAGCACAUCUACCACUCAGCCAUCAAGCCCAUGGAGACGGCCUACAAGUACAACGAGCUCAGAGCUCACGAGGUCACAGAUGCAGAGAUCACCUCCAAGCCCAUGGUACUGUUCUUGGGACCCUGGUCUGUAGGCAAAUCCUCCAUGAUCAACUACCUGCUCGGCGUUCACGGUACCCCACAACAACUUUACACAGGUGCUGAGCCCACUACAUCUGAGUACACAGUGGUGAUGCAUGGUGACAAGUUCCGCUCGGUGGAGGGCAUCGUGAUGGCAGCCGACAGCUCCAGGUCCUUCUCCCCUCUGGAGAGGUUUGGCCAGGGGUUCCUGGAGAGGCUGGUGGGGAUUGAGAUGCCCCAUAAACUGUUGGAGAGAGUCACCCUGGUGGACACGCCUGGCAUUAUUGAGAACCGCAAGCAGCAGGAGAGAGGCUACCCCUACAGCGAGGUGUGUCAGUGGUUCAUUGACCGUGCUGACCUCAUCUUCCUGAUGUUUGACCCCACCAAGUUGGAUGUGGGCGGGGAGCUGGCGACGCUGUUCAAACAGAUGAAGGGCCGAGAGUCCCAGAUCCGCAUCAUCCUGAACAAGGCAGACAGCCUGUCCUCCCAGGACCUGAUGCGUGUCUACGGCGCCUUGUUUUGGUCCAUGGCUCCUCUCAUCAACGCCACAGAGCCUCCCCGGGUCUACGUCAGCUCCUUCUGGCCCACAGAAUACGCAGCCGACACCAGCCGAGAGCUCUUCAUACGGGAGGAGAUCUCACUGCUCGAAGACCUCAACCAGGUAAUUGAGAACCAGCUGGAGAACAAGAUAGCCUUCAUCCGCCAGCAUGCCAUCCGGGUCAGGAUCCACGCCCUGCUGGUAGAUCGCUACCUCCAUACAUACCACGAGAAGCUGGGCUGGUUCAGCGACCCCGACGAGGUGUUCAGGGACAUCGUCUCAGACCCUGACAAGUUCUACAUCUUCAAGUCCAUCCUGGCCAAGACCAAUGUGAGCAAGUUCGACCUGCCAGACAAAGAGGCCUACCAGGACUUCUUUGGCAUCAACCCUCCAUCAGGCUUUAAACAGCUGUCCUCCCUCUGUUCCUGGUCGUCAGGCUGUCUGAUUGACAAGAUAGAGAAAGCUAUCACUGUGGAGCUCCCUGCCCUACUGAUUAGCCUGGGCAAGAAAGACAGUCCAACUCCAGCCAAGGCCGCCCCAGCCCCUCCACCCCCACUGCCUGAGGCAAAACCCAAGAACCGCUGGCGAAAGGAUUGAGGAGGAGAGAUGAAGAGAGGGAUGGACGGAGAGAAGAGGACGGGGAGUAAAGGAAGGAAGGAAAAAAGGAGGGAGGCCGAAGCCAGAUGCUGUACUGGGGUGACUCCCCUUCUGAGUUUGUCUGGACUGGACACGGGGAAGAGAGGAGAGAGGGAUGGGGUGGAGGAUGGGUGGAGGAUAGGAAAUAUGUACAGCUGGGGGAAAAGUGGGAUUGAAGCCACAUGAAGCAAAUGGGAACCUUGCAGGCCCAUUAGAAAUAAUCCAACUGGAGAAAAAAAAACGGAAACAAGUUUUUAAACUAUUUAAAUCAGAGACUCCUUUCUUCCUAAGUGUUAUUAUUUAACUCCGAAUGAAAACAGGGAAAUAUAAACAAGAGUUUGUUUUAUUUCUGUUUGUUUGCCAGUUUGUUUAUUUUAUUUAUUCAAGUUUUUCUCUUCUUCUUCAUCCGUAGACAAGGAGGAAAAAUACCAGUGAACGGUUACAGCAUAAUAUUCUAUUCUAUUGUCUUUAUUGUCAUUUCAAAAGGGUCUGGAUUUCUGUGCUCUUUACCAGCAGUCAGUUACAGCCUUCUUCUAUUGUAUUGUAUUUUAUUGUAAUUUCUAAACUACAGGUUAUCUUCGUUGUCAGUGCAGUAUGUCAUUGCUGUGUAAGAACGCAUUUGUACAUUGAUGCCAGUUAAAUGGGCUGUAGCCUUCUCUUGUUAUAGCUUUGCCUCAAUAUGCUGCAUGUCAAAGUGUCAUUAAAGUUGUAUUUUAUCCUUGUAGCUUCAGAUCCCAUUGAC